CACCCCCCAUCUUGCGCCAGUUCCCUAAGGAUUUCUGUGAUCAGGAAUUAAUGCAAACGGUACCCAAAUUCUGUUUCCCUUUCGACUUGGAGAGGUGAGGAGAAAAAAAUGGAGAAAGAUCCACAGAGAGACAAGAGACAUCAAGACCCAAAGCCAUACAGUCAGAGAGACAGAGGGAACAACAGGACAAAGGGAGACUGAGGCUGGGAGGGACAGAGGAGAGACUGAUGGCUGGGAUGAAUUUGAGCUCUGCUGUGGGUGAGGGGGCCUGGGAGGUGGCAUGAGGUGGGGCAGAGGCAUUGAGCAGCUUCUCCUUCCUUCCCUCCCACGUUCACCAGGGCAGGCCACACUCUAGCUGCCCAGCACUUCACCUUCGUCCUCACCGAUUUAGCUGGGAGCCGAAGAUUUGGCUUCUGCCGCCUGGGUACCAGUGCCAAAAGCUGCCUCUGCAUACUCAGCCCCCCCACCCAGGGGCUGGGAUGGAAGGGGGAUGGAAUCCUGCUCCACCCCAGAGCCAGCUGCCCCUUCUCCCCUCAGUGAUCUGCCCUGGUUUGAGGUUUUCUACAAACUGCUCAACAAUGUUGGGGAUCUGUUAGCCCAGAAUCAGGUCUCUGAGGCUGAAGAACUUCUCUCUACCUUGUAUCUACAUCCAGUACCUGAGCCAGAGGCCUCUUUGGGGCUGUCUCUGGACCUGCAGGAAGGCAAGCUGAAAAUUACCACUCACCCCAGUCCUCUGCCUCCUGCACCUGGGACCAACCAACUGCUUUCCUGCUUCAUUGCUCCAAAUUCUGGAUGCUUGCCUUCCAUUCCAGAAAAUAGGAACCUGACCGAGUUGGUGGUGGCUGUGGCUUCAGAGAACAUCGUGGGCCUCUAUAGCUCUCUGCUCAGUGAGCGUAGAGUUCUGCUCACCGCCAGCAAACUCAGCACUCUGACAGCCUGCGUUCAUGCAUCCUGUGGCUUGCUGUAUCCUAUGCAUUGGGAACACAUACUCAUCCCCACACUACCCCCCCACUUGUUGGACUAUUGCUGUGCCCCCAUGCCUUACCUCAUUGGUGUCCACACCAGCCUUAUUGAGAGGGUGCGGGACAAGGGCCUUGAGGAUGUGGUCAUCUUGAAUGUGGACACAAACACCUUGGAGUCACCAUUCCAGGAUGUGGAUACACUACCCCCUGAUGUGGUAUCUCUUCUGAGACUAAGGCUAAGAAAGGAAGCUUUGGCUGCUGGUGAUGGGGUCUCCCGACUCUUCCUGAGGGCCCAAGCUAUGCUGUUUGGUGGUUACAGAGAUGCACUGAUCUGCAGUCCCGGACAACCUAUGAAGUUCAAAGAAGAAGUUUUUGUAGCUCAGAAGCCAGGACCCUUACAAACCUUCAGACAAAAUGCCAUCCACCUCCAACUCUUCAAACAGUUCAUAGAUGAGCGCCUUGAGAAACUGAGUUCUGGUGAAGGAUUCUCAGACCUGUUUGAACAGGAGAUCACUAGCAAUGGCCUGGCCUCAGGAAACCUGCGAUCCUAUCAGCUCUGGGCAGAUAAUCUGAAAGUAAGGAAAGUUCCCCCAGGGUCUCAACUUUGCUCUGUAUUUCUUAAAUCUCCCUGUCCUCUUCCCCCACCACUACCGGCAAUGAGCCUCUCCUAUAUCCAUCUCCAGAAAGGUGGAGGAGCCCUGCUGCACUCUGUGAAGGCCAAAACCCAGCCAGCCGUGAGGAACAUGUACCAAUCCGCCAAGAUUGGACUCAAAGGAGUACAAAAUAGGCUUAAGUACAAGGAUAGUGACCCCUUGCUGCAGAGGUGGGGUUCUCUUCGAGUCCCAACCCUAGAAAACCGCUCUGAAUGUCUUCAACAUCGUCUACCCAUCACCCACCACUUUGGCCAGUCCAGGCCUCUGCGUCCCCGCCACCGAAGGUCCCAAUCCCGACCUGAGGACGAGGUACCUGGGAGAGAGGAACAAAGGGAGUCUCUGUCUGGGCUCAAGGAACCCUGGGGACAAGAUGACUUCGACAGCAAUUUCCUGGGCUCAGGAGAACUGGACCUGCUUGGGGAGAUCCUUGACAACCUCAGCAUCGGGAUGUCUGGGCCUGGAGAAUCCCCUGGUCUGUACCCCAGCCAUAGCUUGGACAGCUGCCACUUAGACCAGAGCAGCUGUUUCAACUUGAUACUUCUGGAAGAAGAAAAUUCAAAGGAACAAUUGCUGUCCCCCACAGUGCCUACUGCAGCUCCUCUCAGUCAGGGGUUGGAAGAACCCAAGACUUCUCAUCCCUCCAUGGAGACUGUAGCCCCCCAAGUCCCUUCCUCAAGCCAUCAGCAACUCCUGGUUGAGGAGGAAGAAUUACAAGAGCCACAGUUGCCGCCCUGUGGGACCUUUGCUGUACCUCAGUCCUCCCAAGUUUUUGUAGAGCCAGAGAUACCCAACAUCUGUGCAGAGUACAGGCCUCCUAGCCCUGUGCCAGUUCCCCAGGACACUCCUAGAGUACCCCCACGCCUCAGAGAGGGGGUCUCCAUUCAGCCCAGGGUAGCUCAGCUCAAAAAGCGAUUUGAGGGCUAGGGGUAAUUCCUUGGCUCAGGGCAUGCUGAGAAUAAAAAAAUUCAUUAUUAAUUUCCAUCUCCUCCCACUCCCAUACAUUAUCAAUUACAUUUGUACCAAGUCCCAUCCUAGGCCUUGAAGCCUCCCCAAUAAAACUUUGUCCAGUGCCA